AUGCUAUAUUUACCUUAUCUCCUUAUGUCAAUGAUAAUUCAAGGAUUUCUAAAGUUCGCUGAAGGAGACAUCAUGCAAAAUUUGUUCACUAUAUUUGCUGCUGGGCCUGGUAUGUUGGGAUUAUUUAAGUUCAUCAAUGUUAUCAUAUACAGAAAACAACUAAAAUCAGUAAUGGACAGGCUUUCUGCAAUGUUUCCAGAAGCAGAUAAACCCGUAUUACAGCAAAUAGCAAGAGAUUCAUUGAAACGAACUUGGAUCUUAUUUACAGCAUGUGUGUCAGUCUUUUCCGCAAGUAUAAUAGACUGGCUCAUACGCCCUCCGAUUACUGCACUUAUUCAUCAUGAAAAGACAAGAAUAGUGGACACAUGGCCAGUAUUCUUGGACACAUGGCUACAGUGGUUUCUUUCAUAUCUUCUUCAAUGUCCCGGCAUUGUGCUAUUAGGCCAUUCCAACUAUAUGUAUGAUGUUAUAUAUUUUUGCACAUCAGAUGUUAUCCUUUGCCAUUUUAAAUUGCUAAAUUAUAAACUGAAGCAUAUGGUGCUAACUGACAAUGAAAAAUCUACAAAUGAACUUAUUUCUUGCGUGAAGUAUUACACUAAUCUUCUUGGUGUUCGGAUGUGUCGAAUGCAGUUUAUAUGUCAGAAUGGAUUAAUGCAAAAGCAUCAGACAAAAAAACGAUUUUGA